AUGGUUGGCAGAAGAAACGUCGCGUCCCUGGCCGACGACAAGACGAAUGGCCGUACCCGCCCGGAUGCAGCCAAGCGUGGCAAGAGCGACCUCGAGAGCGGUUUGAAUGGCAGGAACAAGCCCAACAUGUUCCGCUUCAGAGAUGCUGCUCACACCGCUCUGCACGACAGCAGAAGAGAAGCUCUCAAGAAGAAGAUCCUGGCUGGUGUCGAAGAUGUGGACAUUGAAAAGUUCCGCAAGUCUGAGGACGAGCUGAAGGAGAUCAAGAACAAGAAGGUCAAAAAGUUUUACGAGGACCAGAACAAUCGCUUGGAUGACUGGGCCGAAGUGGAUGCUUUGGUCAAGGCAUUGGCCGAUGAUGUCUUGGAUUCGUUCAAUCCAGAUGCGGAUGGCGACGGUCACAUCGAACGCACUGGUGGACUCCAGGGCGCUGGAGGAAACAUUUGGGAGUUCCUACCUGACGAUGUCAAGGAGAGCAGACAAAAGGCAGAGAAGAAGGCCAAGUGGGCCAUCAACAUCAACGUCAUCGCCAACAUCAUCCUCCUGAUUGCUAAGCUUGCUGCCGCCUUCUACUCAUCCUCGCUCUCUCUGAUCGCCUCGCUCGUCGAUUCCGCUUUAGAUCUGUUGUGCACCCUCAUUGUCUGGAGCACAAACAGACUGGUCCAAUGGCGCCUCAAAGCUCUUAACAAGAAGUUCCCGGUCGGCAGACGAAGACUCGAACCGCUCGGUAUCCUCGUGUUCUCAAUCAUCAUGGUCAUUUCCUUCCUCCAAAUUCUGCAGGAGUCGGUUACAAAAUUGAUGCCUGACGCUCCACACAAGGCCAAGGAACUUCCUGCUAUCGCCAUCGGCGCCAUGGCUGGUACCAUCAUCAUCAAGGGCAUCAUCGGCUUGGGCUGCGUCCGCAUCAAGACAACGCAAGUCCAAGCUCUGGCACAGGACUGCAAGACUGAUGUCGUCUUCAACACAUUGUCCCUGCUCUUCCCCUUCAUUGGCUACAAGGCAGACCUAUGGUGGCUGGACCCCGCAGGUGCCGGUCUUCUUUCCCUCUUCAUCAUCUACGACUGGGCAGGCACCUGCUUCGAGAACAUCACCAGACUCUCUGGCCAGGCAGCCGAUGACCAGUUGCAGAAGAAGCUGCUAUACCUCUGUUACCGUUUCUCGCCUGUCGUUGAGGGUUUCAAGAGCAUCACCAGUUACCACGCUGGCGAUGGCAUCUGGGUUGAGAUCGACAUCAUUCUGAGUGAACAGUCAAAGUUGACAUCCACUCACGACAUUGCCGAGACAAUUCAGUACACCUGCGAGGGAUUGACUGAGGUUGACCGUUGCUUCGUCACAGCUGAUUACACCUCGAUUGGCCCCAGUGGUCACGCCGUCGACUCGGAAAGAGUAUAA